AGCUACCUCUAGUCUACCACUCCCAAACAGUACGAGUUUUGUGAGUGUAUGAAUGCAGACCAUGCAUGUUGAGGUGUGGUACUCUGUUCUCGUCAUACUCCUUAUGGGGCAUGGGGGCGGCGGACAAAAGACAGAGCCCCGCUUAGGCCUGAAGGACCACAACCUGUUCCGAGGGUCCGAUCGAUAUGCUUUUGCCAUCGUGGUGCCAGCCUCGGGGCUAGAGUGCUUUUGGCACUUUGCACACCAGAGUGGGAACUUCUACCUAACCUACAUGGUCCAGUGGGUGACAGGACUAGCCAGUGACAACCAUCUUUACGUGACCGUCAUUUCCCCAGAAGGGGCCCUCAUGGCCUCAACAGAGGACACCAUUGGAGAAAUCAACUUCCAAACUGAAGUGACCGGUUUUUAUCAGAUGUGCUUGGGGAACUAUAAGAACCACUUUGGUGGCGUCCGAGUCUUUCUCAACUUCGGUGUGUACUAUGAGGGUGCUGAGGAGAUGCAGCGAGAGACAAAGGAAGGAGAAAAAGUCCUCAACAACACUCUGUCCAACAUUGAGGAGAGUACCAACAAGAUACAAGGUCACAUUUUACACAUGUGGCGGCACUACAACUACGCUCGCAUGAGGAGAGGUGCUGACCAUUACCUUCUCCUCUUCAACCACAACUACGUCACCUGGUGGUCUGCGGUACAGAGUGUGGUCAUCAUCAUGGUGGGCUACCUGCAGCUCUUCUUCCUCAAGAGGCUUUUCCACACGGACACCCAUAGACCCCGCUGUUGAUGAAGGAAGGCUCGUAAAAUGUCACUCACUGCUUGUGUUGCUUUGUGGAUCGUGUUUGUUCAACGUUAAAGGGAUAGUUAAUCCAAAUUACAAAACGUACAUUUUUUUUUUUGCUUACCCGGUAAGCAGGCUUUGGACAAGGAGAGAUGGCAAGCUAUGCGUUGGUUUUGUUGAUCUGGCUUUUCUGUCCCCAAAAAAUCCCAUGCAAGUCAUUAUCACCCAAGUUAGCAUGUUUUACAUUUCCUGCACAAAUCACCCCCCAAAAUCCAAUGAGCUAUGAUUUCAAACACUAUGGGGUGAUGAAUAGCCAUAAUAUACCUGUGCAAAGGCCAUGUUCACAACCUCUCUUUUCAAGAUGGCAGCAGGAGCAAUUUAGUAUCCAAGGCACAUAUAUAAAUAAAUGCACACUUGGAAAGACAACUACUCAAGGUCAGUUGUCUUUUUAAUUGUGUAGUUUUUCAUAGGUCUUGGAGCCAGUCUUGUCAAGACAGGGACCUCUAAACUGAUUAGAGGUGUUAUAGGAACUCCAGCAUGCACUAUUCCUAUUCCACAUUCUCAAUUGAAUAUGUAGCAAAGUCAAGUUACACUUAAAGUAUCAUACUUUAAUCUCCAAGUGUAACUUGACUUUGCCUGGGCUACAUAUUCAGAACAGCAAUGUGUGUUUGACUAGACUUAUGAAACUUCUAUAGAAUUGUCGUCAUUUCUCGCAGGACAACAAUUGUUUUCUCCCCCCCACACAAGCAACAAAGAUAACAUGUACACUGUAUUUAUAGUCACCGUAACAUGGGCAUUUAAACAAGGUUCCUUACAUUUCAGCCAGUCUACAUCAUGGUUGUAGAGCAAGCAAAUGGCAAGAGUAUAGAAAAAAACAGUCCCUGAGGUAAAUCACGGACUUAAAACCUCUUAAGGAUCGGACCCUUUUUUUCUUUUUAAAUUUCCGCCUAAAAUGACAUACACAACUCUAUCUGCCUGAAGCAAGGAUAUGCAUAUUGUUGAUACUAUUUGAAAGGAAACACUUUGAAGUUAGUGGAAAUGUGAAAUUAAUGUAAGAGAAUAACGUUAGAUCUGGUAAAACAUAAGAUUAAAAAAAAAAAAUUGAAAUGCAAGAGAAAGGCCACAAUCUUAUGGCAGUUUAGGCACAAUUUCGAUUUGCCACUAGAUGGCAGCAGUGUAUGUGCACAUUUUAGACUGAUCCAAUUAACCAUUGCAUAUCUGUUCAAAAUGUUGUAUCAAGUCUGCCCAAAUGUGCCUAAUUGGUUUAUUGAUACAUUUAAGUUCAUAGCUGUGCACGCUCCUCAAACAAUAGCAUGGUAUUCUUUCACUGUAAUAGCUACUGUGAAUUGGACAGUGCAGUUAGCCUAUUCUUGUUUAACUUUCUGCCCAUAUCAGAUAUGUCUAUGUCCUGGGAAAUGUUCUUGUUGCUUACAACCUCAUGCUAAUCACAUGGGUGCAUGUUAGCUCAUCCAUCCCGGGGGGGGCACCAAUCCUUAAAACCAUUUUAAACUAAAAUGCUUUACUUUGACCUUUCUUUUUAAAGCAAAGUUGAUGUCGAUUUAACACUAAAGGCAUCGAGGGGGAUUCCCUAAAAACAUACAGCUACGACUGGAACUUACUUUUUGUAGGAGAGCAUUUUCACUAACCCGAACCCUUUUCCUAACCUUAACCGAAUUCUCUUAACAUGCCAGGUUAAUUAUCCCAACCUGCUAUGAAAAAGUCACUUCACUUCAGUUUUUUUUGGGGGGGGGGGGAAGAACUCAGCCUCGAGGGACCCCACUUCGAGCAAAUGACGAGUCUUUUGGAUGUCAAGAUUUUAAAUCAAAUAAAUGUCAUAUUUGCUUGUUGAA